AUGGCACUUAGCCCUUAUACGAUUGACGUCGGUCCUUGCCAGCCCGACGGAACCCGCGAGAUUUUUCUGCAGCAUCAUCAACACGCAUGCUUUAGCACGACACACCGCGAAGUGCUGCGGGUAUGCCUCGCCAAGUGGCCAGCCAAGCCCAGCGUGGAGGACGCAGCACACACGUUGGAUCUGGACGAGACAGAGGCUCUACGGGCCCAACGCACGGAGGAGGCGUAUCAGGCGCUCCUCGAAAGUGGCAAUUCGGAAGGUAGCAGUUUUAUCCCGUCCCUCGCUGACGCUCCUGGCAACACCACAUCUUUUGCACACCACAAAGGCUCUCGUGCAUCUACCGAGAAGGAAGAAACCCCUGCGCUGGAGGACUACCUUUGCGUUUUUCAUCGAGAGGAGUUGGCGGAUCAGUACGGUCGGUACACCUUCGUCCAGCCGCAGACGAUCUGCACGGCGUACCGCGUGAAGGACACGACGGCGCUGGAGCUUGUCCUGCACGGCAUCGCUCCCCGUGACAUCUCCGCCUUUUCGGUGGGCAGCGGUGGCGUCUUUCUUCACGGACGCCGGCAGUCUAGCAAAGGCGAGGUUGGGUUGGGUGCUUCGCUGGAGUUUCAGGGGCAGCUCUACAAGCCGGCGGCUGACACGUGGUGGAUGGGAUCGCCGCUGUCGGUGAAGCCGGUGUACGUGGCGGUGAGUGCGGUGGCGCCGCCGGGAGCUACGACGACAACGGCGGCCGAAGGUGACGGGACGAGCGGCCGCUUUUAUGUGCCGGAGCCUUUUUGUGGAAGGAAUGAUGGGCAAUCCAGCAAUGUUGCGAUCUCCAGCGCGGAGGUGUGCGUGGCCGCUUCACCGAUUGGGUUCGGGGCAGACUCGGAUAGGCCUGUGAGCCCGCAUUCAAGCCCGCGCCCGGGAAGCCCUUUGGCGGACGCCUCUGUCGCGCACGUCGAGGGCCGCACCGCGCAAGGACAGUUUGACUUCCCACGUUCGCCAUCCUCCACGCCGAUCCCGUCCAGUCCUCUUCCCGGCGUCUCCCGGAGAGGUGAGGUGCAGAGUGGCGCGCCGUCCUCGUUGCCGUCCUCCUCUCGGGUGCCGCCGGCCCAAGCUGCGACCACGAAUCCAAAAUCCAAGUUUGUCUUUCUGGACGCGACUGUUCUGACGCAGCUGCCCCUCUACGAUCCGCAGAACGAAACGCCGCUGCAAAGCUGCUUGGCUGUCGUGCGCACCGCGUCGGACGAGCUUGGCCUGGUCCUCACGACGCCCCUCUACGCGAAUGACGCCAUGCUGUGGCAGUGGUGGCCGCACCGUGUGCGACUGUCUCGUCUGGCCAGUAGCGGGUCUGCGCUGUCGGUGGUGGCCUCUGCGCACCCGAGCUGCGCGCGAUGCCUUCUCUUUCUGUACGAUUCGCACUCCCACCGGCUCCGAGUGCUGCGCACGCCGGACUUGCACACCAGCGAAGGAGAGCUGGAGGUGCUCUUUUCCUUCCCGUGCGGCGAUCUGCCCUUUGUCUUUCCAUGUCUGCACACCGCCACCCACCCAGCCCCCAUUGCGGUGUGCAACUACCCGCGCGCAAAUUGGAUCUCCGUCUACGACGUGGCAUCCCUACUGGAGAAGCCGUCGGCAGACACGGUGGCCAUGCAGCUGGACUUUGGUGCGCACCAAAGCUCCCACCCACAGCGAUUUGGCGAGGUGCGGCUGAUCGGUGAUGCGAACACAUUGCCCAAACGAAGCGGUGAUGCGUGCGGUUCGGACGCACAACAUGGCGGGGCUGCCGGCCCGUACGAGAAGUGGCGUCGCAGAGAACGCAACUCGAAGGUCUGGGGCACCGACACGGCCACCGCUGUUCCCCAUCCCAUUCGGAGUCUGCUUUACCACUACGAUGCCUGCUUGGUGCUGCAGUACGACUGGCCAAGCGGGGCGGCGCAGACGACGGAGGCGGCGGCCACGGACGCGUUUCCCAGCACCCACACCGAAAACGCUGGAGGGGCGGCAGCGGAGGGUGGCCGUAGCCGACGCCGUCGGCGGUGUGAGGGGACCAUCUCGUACACGAUUUCCUUCCCUUCGUUGACGAGCGAAGUCCAGCCUCUGUUGGCUUUUAUGUUAGAGGCGUUGAGCGCCGCCAUGGGACCACGCAUGGUGGCCUUCCUUGAAUACCAGCUCUUCAUGGAGGCGUGGGGCUGCAGCUGCACGUCGAAUUCGUCUUCAAAUCCUUUUCAGACCUGUGCAGCAUUCUUGAAGCGGCUGUGCAUGCCCGUUGUGCAGCGCAACACAUUCGCUGCCGGGGAGGAAGGUGUCGCAGGGACACGUGAUCACGGCGACGCUGCUUCCUCCUCCGCUACUGCUGCUGCAACAGAUCCAGUGGGAAGGAAGAUCCUCGCCGAUUCAGACAGGUUCGUUGACCCGUCGAUGCUCACUCUCCAGCGCGUGCAGAGUGUGCUUGUCUCGUCAGACAAAGACGCUACGCUACGCACCGGCGACAUCUCCAACACGGAGGCGCAAUCUUCUGGAAAUGCUGCACUAAUUCCGUCCUGGACACCACAGCAGGCGGGCUUGACGCUGGUGGCGCUGCACCUAUUGUUUGAGUCGUGCCGUCUGCAAGAGCCGCUGUGGAAGGUGCUGCCUCCGCUUGCGGAGUUGAACCACAGUUUGAGUGUGCAACUGAAGUGGCCUUCUUACGUGGAGUUCUACAACGCGAUGCUGUUUACCGCGUCUGCGAACUUGCAUGAGCCGCGAGAAGAAGCCACGGGCGCGAGCUGUUUUGCACAGUGCCUUCCCCAGGAGGUGCUGGAACGCCACUUUGAGUAUCUGCAACCACAGGCGGACGUGAACCCUACUGGGGCCUUUUCUUCCACUUCGCCUUCCCACGCCCCGCUUGUGGCAAGAUCGGGCCCGGUGGAGUUCGCCCACGGCGAUGCCCCAGAUCUCUUUCGACUGCUUUCGAUGCUCGCGAUGGGUAGCAAAGACGCGGCGUCGCACGCAGCGAUGUACCGCGCGUGGCCGCUUCUCCGGAAUGUACCGGAAACGCACCCUAUCGCACUCGCGAAUCGCCUUGUGGCGGUAUAUCGCGAUGUAUUCGGAGCCGCUCCAGUGCCGCACCACAACAACAGUACCCGCGGCAGCGCACCACUCGCAGGAAGUGGCGGAGCAGAACACAAAAACAGCGGGCCCUGCCGACGGAGGUGGUGGGAACGCAUUUGCACGCAGCUACUGCAGCAAAAGAUCUCCGCCAGCCUUGUCCGCCAAGUCCUUAACACCGGGGUGGCGUACCCGCUACUGGAGGCGAUUGCCAAAGGUCGUGAACAGGCAGAGGCGACCUGGCCAGCCGUUUUGCUGGACCUCGUUGGACGUCGUGAUCGGUGCCCGCCGACGUCGCUCGCAGCUCGACUUAUCAGCGCCGGGCGACACGUAGUGGAGGCGGCGGAGGAGAAUGCGGUAGCCCGCCAAAUUCGCGUGGCGCUCGCCGAGGACGAUGGUGUGUCGGUGCGACCUGAUUUCCGCAAGACGUGGCGUGACUCGCGUCUGGAGGUGGCGCAGAACAUCUUCAACACUGUCACACCAAUCUCGCUGUCGGGGUUUGAGGACCGGCCAGAGGAGCUCACAGGGGCGCUGGAGCUGCUGUCGAGCCGUGCCCGCGCUAUGCCGCUGGGCCGUGGGAUGCUGACGAUGUGUACGCAGAGCUUCAAGGUUCAAGACAGCAUUCCCAUCCCACCCCUGAACCUGAACGGCCGCACAAACGACGGGGUCUGCAUGGUGAACAAGUCCACCGAUGACUUGAUGUGGCCGCUCUUCCACAACGGGUGUGCAGCAGGGCUGCGCUUUCUGCCGCUACCGCCGUCCUUUUGUGCUGGCGUAAGCAACGGUGCCUCCGCGGACGCGGCGUCCCCUGUCGCACAGGGUGGUGGCGGAGGAGCUCGAGGAGAAGACGCGUCGAGCACGUUCAACCAAGAUGCGAGAGCAACCGGCGCCACCGCGGCGCAGACAAUCACAAAGCAGUGGGUCAUGUACCAGACCAAGAACAUCGGCAAUGCAGCUUCGCGUGCGGGAUUGCUGCUGGCGACCGGCAUUCUCGGCCACCUCACCGUGCUGCAGCGCACGGACAUCUUUUACCUCCUCAUUUCCCGACAGGAGCAAUACGUGUGGCGCGAAGCCACCACGAUGGCUGUCAUGCUCGGCCUGAGCUGCAGCUUCUGUGGCACGAGCAGCGAGGCGGUCUUCCGCUGCCUGUCCGUCCACGCGCAGUCGCUGAACCCGAGCGCGGAAGACAUCGAAGUCUCUCUCGAUGUGCAAACGGCGGCGUUGGUCUCGAUGGGACUGCUGUGCCAGCAAGCGCCAUCGAACACGUUCCUGGUGGAGGUGUUCCUUAUCGAGAUCUCGCGUCUGCCGACGGACGAGCACUGCAGCAAGCGAGAGGGCUACGUGUUGGGGGCGGGCUUUGGUCUCGGUCAGCUGCUGCUCGGCGUGGGUGCCGCGCACGGCGUCCCGCACGUGGAGGACCGCCUUUUGGCCUUCAUGAACGGUGCGCCCCGCAAGUCUGCCGUGUCGACGCGCGAGGGCGUGGAGUACUUCGAGGAAACGAUGGGGCGUGGCGAGGCGGGUCACUUCCUCGCGCGCGCGUUACUCUCGCAGGAGCAGCGCGAGGCGACCUUUAACUCCUGCGCCAGCGUCUACGAAGGCGACUGCUACAACGUUUUCGUCUCCGGUCCCGCCGCUGCCGUCGCGCUGGGCCUGAUGUAUCUGCAGACAAACAGCGCGUUUAUCGCGGCCAAGAUGGCGCCACCGAAUCGACGCACGGCGGUGCAGCGACUGACGCCGCUGAUGUGCCACCUGCGUAGCACGAUGGCGUCGCUGAUCUGCUGGAGCUCCAUCGCGCCAUCCCGGGCGUGGCUCUUCGCGCAGUUGCCCUCUUCCCUGUUGCAACUAACCACGGCCGCCACCAACGUUCCCAGCCUGGUGGCACAACAGCGCAACUACCUCCUCAUGAAUCUCGCCCACUGCCUGGCGGGCCAAGUCAUGGCCAUGGGCCUGCGCUACGCCGGUACGAUGGACACGCAGGUGCGCGACGUCAUCUUUGCAGAGUUGCAGGGCUUUUUGCUGGGGCAGAUCGGCUCGACGAAGACGGCCAUACCCGCCGUGCAGCGGGCGACGGGUGCGUAUGAAACCUGCACCCUCACCUGCGCCAGUGCGCUGAGCCUCGUGAUGGCGGGCACGGGCGAUUUGAAGGUGUUCACCGCGCUGCAGCACCUCUACCGUCGCACCAACGUCGCCUACGGGUCGCACAUGGCGGUAUCGAUGAGCAUGGGUCUGUUGUUUCUCGGCAGCGGUCGGCUGACCUUGUCAAACAACAUUGCAUCGGUCGCGGCGCUGCUGAUGGCGUUCUACCCGCAGUGGCCAAGCGACCCGGAGGACAACACACAUCACCUGCAGGCACUUCGGCACCUCUACGGGUUGGCGGUUGUGCCGCGGGUGAUGGAGGCAGUGGAUGCGGUGAGUCAGCAGCCGGUGUCCGUCCCGGUGUGCAUUUUCCUACGCAGUGCCGAUGCCAGCGGCACCACGGCACCAACGGCGGCAGAUAGCGGUGAUGCCGCUCCACAGGGCACUACCUUCACUGCAAAAGGUAGAGAAAUAUGCACGCGGACGCCGUGUUUGUACCCACCAGUGGAGAUGAUCGAGCGCGUUGAGGUCCACAGCCCGCAACACUACCCUCUCACCUUCGACUCUGCCAGCAAGGAGCUGACGCGCUCGGCGAGUAUGGAGUUUCGGGUAAUGACAAAAGACACCGCGCUCAGCCACGACGGCAGUCGCACAAGUCGGUCACCGCUGGAAUCCCGCCUCCUGGACUGGUUACACCGCCUCUUCCACCAGCCGUCGACCACCACCGCGGAAGCGCUUACCGUCAUGGACAGUGUGAAGCUACUGCACCACGUUCAGCGUCGACUCGUCUCGACUGCCAUGGCAGGCGAUAUGUUGCUGAACGGCGACUUCAGCGCAGCCGUGAAGGAGGCGAUGGAGAAGCGGUACAACCACAUUUUCCUGCACCGUGCAGAGAGCAACACUACCGUGAUGCAGACACCGAAGUCGCACGCAGCGCCGCACCACCCGCUGUAUCAGCUCAUCAUCGAAAACAAACCGUACGGACACGUGCUUGAGAGCGUUGCGAUGCACCCCCGCGGUACGGCGGCCUUUCCAUGCGACUUUACCUCGUUCAUCUCUACGUCCCGUUCCGCUAGCAGUUACCACGCGGAGGACGAAGUCAAUUGCGCGGAAGGUGAGGCAACGGCUGUGCUGGACUUGGAUGCGCUGCAUCGAUGGACCACAGAGGCUCUCCAUUACUACGGCUUGAAGCAGGCGGCGCGGCAACAUAUUCGAGGCGUUUUUUCUGUCAUUUCCAAUAGCACCGCCGCCGAGCAGACAGCCAACGCUUCUGUCUCUGUUCAUUCGGCUUCGUCUUCUUCUUCUGUCAUGCGGCUUACAUGUCUUUUGAAGCUACAGGCCUCCACACAGCUUCCUUUCAGCACGCUAGAGAAAGUCUGGGUCUGCUGCUUCAGCUGA